CUUUUUUCUCUUUUCUCUUUUAUUCAUAGUCGAACUAAGUCUUUGUCAUAUAAUGUCAAGUGUACUCGAGUCGAGAAGAAAAGCGUGGGAUGUGAUCUUUAGUGAUCCGAAUCUAUCCUUGAAUUCACUUCGACAUCGGGCGAUUGCUGGAACCGUUUGUCAAAACGGGCUACGUUCAGUUUGUUGGAAGGUAUUUUUGGGGUACCUUCCCACUUUGGAAGUUUCCACUUGGCCUUCUUUGUUGUUGGAAGAACGCCAACGUUAUACAGCUUUAAAAAAAAAGCACAUCGAAGAGCCUGCAGAAAAAAUGAACAAAAAAGGGGAGGAGGAUCUCACAGAUAACAACCCACUUGCACUAAACGAGAGUAAUCCAUGGCAACAGUUUUUUGCUGAUUCUGAAAUUCGCAAAGUUAUCCGACAGGAUGUGGAACGCACAUUCCCUGAUGUUGAUUUUUUUCGGCAAAAUGAUGUUCAACAACGUCUUACUGAUAUUUUAUUUAUUUACUGCAAGUUAAAUCGUGACGUAUCCUACCGGCAGGGUAUGCAUGAAUUGUUAGCACCUAUUUAUUGGAUUGUUGCACUCGAGAGUCUGCAUAGUUCAAGCGUUGAUUACGACCUUUCAGAUCCCGUAACAAAAUUAAUGACUCAGGUUUUAGACGCCGAUUAUGUUGAGCAUGAUGCAUACAUUUUGUUUGAUAAAUUGAUGACUUUUGGUAAAUCUUGGUAUGAAUUUAAUGACGAUGUACCAAACCGUAAAGCUCAAACCAAGGCAAAGGCCAACGUUUUGCCUGACAAUAUACCCAAACCUACUGAUAGUGCGAGAUUAAAUCCUAUCGUUAUGACGUGUCAUCGAAUUCAUCAUCAAUACCUUCGUAUUGUUGAUCCUUACUUGUAUAAACACUUGGAAAACUUUGGUAUUGAGCCUCAGCUUUAUGGAAUUCGUUGGAUUCGAUUGCUGUUUGGUCGAGAAUUUGAUAUCUACGAUCUAUUAAAACUUUGGGAUGCUAUUUUUGCCCAAGACCCAACACUUCAAAUUGUCGACUAUAUUUGUUUGAUUAUACUCUUAAGACUAAGAGACCAAUUAUUACAAAAAGAUUAUGCCGAAUGUCUUAGUUUAUUGAUGAGGCCACCUCAAAUUACUAAGCCAGCAUCUUUAGUCGAACAAGCCAAAGACUUGCAAGAAAAUUUGUCCCAAGAUACGGCUCUACAUAUUUUACAGCAAAAUGACAUACGAUCUGGAAAGGAGCCUAGAAACUCAUUAUCCGAUGGUAUACCUGAAAUGAUUUCUCCUCAUCUUAAUCAUACAAAACAACAACGCACUCUCCAACACAGAGCAUCUCAGGGUUCCAAUCUUGAUAACAGUUUUCAUAGAAUUACAAAUGGUAUGAUGAAAAACCCUCAAAUGAGGGACUUUAACAAAGCAAUUGCUGGUGUUAUGGGAACAGUUCAGAAAAACGUCAAUACUUUCGGAGAAAAUGUUCUAGGAAGAAACGAAAGCAUCGGAUCCAGGAGAUCUACAGUAGCAUCCGAGUUUCCUUCUGGUAUUGACCGUGUUGCGACCAGCUAUAAACAGGAGCGCUAUAACCCUGUAUCCAAACCCGAUGACCGUUCUGCUGCAAAAUUACAAGCUACCAACAAACACAUGGGUGAGAUGAUGGCCAAAUGUAUAUCUAUGCUGGAAAAUGAAAUAUUCGCACCUUUAUCGUCUUCCAUUCAAUCUUCAGAUGCAGAUCCAACUACUGGCGAAGAGACGCAGCUUUCAGAUAACGUGCCACCAAAAGUUCAGGAGGACAAAAAUUCGGAUCAAGAAAACGAUGUUGUGGAGUACGAAGGUAGUGAAUCUUCAGUUCUUUUAGAUGAAGAAAUCAUAAAACCGACCGAAGAGCCAUUGGUUGAUAAUAAGUCUCCCGUACAAAAUGAAGCCACGAUGAUUAUGGCCCUUGUUGGGCUUAAGCAUGUCAGAGAUGUUUUACUUGGGAAGCAGCAAUUCGAUUCCAGUGUGAUUGAUAUGAGAACAGACGAGCGAACCAGUGCAGACAGUGAUGAGUGGAAAUGGGACCUGGUAGAUCGUAAAGAGGCAGCGUUAAACUCUCCCAUUCCAUCGAAUGAUGCUCAGCCCUCAAAACCAUCUAUUUUUAUUCCCCAAACAUCAUCGUCGCUCAUUUCUAAUGACAUUGAUAGCCAAUAUCAACAGGAUAAACCCUUACCGCCUAUUAUCAAUCAAGGACAGGUCAGUUCUCCUGCUAUGAUCAUUGAAACCAAGCUACCUUCCGUUCCUACCACAUAUAUUGCUGCUAACCCUACACCGCCUAAACAACAAAUCAAGUACAGAAUAGAAGACCUUCUAUCCGAUCCCGAGCUUCAAUUGCCGAGUCCUAAGGCAGCCACUAACGCUAAAUUUAAGUGGAUGUUGUCGAAUGAGAAAGAAAAUGACGAUGCAUUGAGCCAUCACAGCAGUAGCAGUGAUUUGUUUAAGUCCGAACAAGCACCUCGUAUGUCUCCCAGAAAACGUAGUAGUUUUAUCAUCAAUAGGACUACUACAGUAAUUGAUCAAACAAGUGAAAGCUCAAUCGAUCCUUUGGAUGCUAAAAAUGUGGAUAACAGAAGAUCUUACGAGUUCGACAUGCUUUAGUUUAUAUGCUAGGAAUUUCAAAAAUAAUUAAAAUAUUAUGCCUCAUUUUUUUAUGUCAAUAAUAAAAAAGCAAAACAUGAAAUUAAAUUUACA